UGCGGGCUUUAUUUUCAAAGCCUUAAAUUUAUCAACAAGCAAAGAGACUAUGUAUUAAAAUGCUGAGCUGCAAUUAAAUUUCCUUAUCCUUGAUAAUUAAAAUAACGAUUCCUACAGUGAUACUGACUAAUGAUAAGUAGAAGAUUUCCAACAAUACAAAUUUAUAGGAAUUAUAUUAUGAUUUCUCUAACAUCAUUACAUAUUUGACACCCGCAUAAUUAUUAUUUCGUUGUGACAAUCACAAAGGAAUAUUUUAUACUUCGAUUUGAGUUCGUAUAAAAAUACGAUCUUUAAUAGAAAGAGUACACAAAUAACAUUGAAAUUGAGGAGUUUUGUGCCCAUAUCAAAAAUAAUAAUCUAAUGCAUCUAAGGCGUAUCAACGUCAAAACAUGAUGUGGUAUAUAAUCACAACCACAUUAUAUUUAUAAAUAUGAAGAAAUCAACUCCAGUAUGGAUUUUUAAACUGCUAGUAGAUAAUUAAUGUUGAUGAAGGUAUUCAAAUCAUUAACUUUUUGCUUAUGCUUGGCAAUAGUUUCAUCCAGCUCCUUUUACAGUGGUAUAUCAUUGCUGAUAUACGAGACAGGAGAUACAUUACAAAGUUCAUCCCACUUGGGUGAGUAUUAUUUAAGUACCACAGGUAACAAUUUUUAUGGGGGAUUCUAUUUUAAUGUGUAUAAUGGGGGCUUAUAUGAUUAUUUUGGAUACUCUGCAAAUAUUGGUGGGGACGAUAAUUCAAUUGAAUUUGAUUUCAUCACUCAAGAUGUCUUUGCUUUGACUACUAUCAAUGGCUCGAUUUUUCUCAGCUACGGAUCUCAAGACUAUUUUUAUUUAUGUGAUGACGAAAAUGUUGGUCUUACUGUAUUGUCCACAACUGAUGAUUCUUGUGAACUAGUUCAUGUAAUCGUAAGUGGGGUACCAGAACCUGAAACAUCUUCAUCAUACUCGUAUCAAGGAUCUACAUCUCUGGGUUCAGCUUCUACAACUUCUAGUUAUGUUUCUGCGUCCGAAACUGAUACUUCAUCAACUAUCGAUUAUUCCGUUUGUCCAACAUCUACAUCAAAUGAUACUGAUAUAUAUCUCCCAUCCUCUAUACAAGCAUUUUAUUUACAAGUUAGUGCAAAUGGACAUUAUGCAUAUUCAUUAACUGGCUAUGGCAUCCAAAAGCGUAUUGCUAAGAGAGAUGUUGGUCAAGUAGCCUCAUUUGAUGUUGAUCUUACUUCAGACACUCUUACUUAUGGUUACGUUAAUGAUUUGCCAUCUGAUGGUGAUGUGGAUAUCUGGCUUGAUUUCACAGCGCCACAAAACUAUCAAUAUAGUGGAUUCGGAUAUUACCAAGAUGAUUCCAAUCAGUUUUUGUUAACAUAUACAGGAAAUGAUAUAUUCUUUCUUUGUGAAUCAGAUGGAAGUUUGGCAAUAGAGUUAGAUAACAUCGGUAACUGUCAAGAAACAUAUCUAAUAAUGGUCGGUGGAACAUUGGGAGACGAAAUUGAUGUGGGAAACAUUGGAUCAUCUUUGUGUGCUGCAGUGCCAUCAUCAUCAUAUACUCCAUCUUCUUCUCUAACACCUAGCAUUUCUUCUUCAGCAUUAGCUUCCAGUACUGAUAGCUGUCCAACAACUGAUCCUAUCUAUUACAUUCCUUCAUCUGUGACUGAUUUUAACUUGCAGAUUUCUCAAAAUGAUGAAUACGCAUACGCCAAUCUAGUGGAAACUGUUGCUAGGAAGAGAAACCAUCUAGAAAAGAAAUCUCCAAGUACUCCAAUAGUGACAUUUAAUCUUGAAUUAUCUACAGGAGAUUUGAUAUAUGUAAGUCAAGGUUCUGUCCCUGGAGAUGCCCUGGGAUAUCUUAGCUUCACUUACAAUAACGGUGAAACAAAUACAGGAUAUGGUUACAUUAAAGAUGAUUCAGAUCAAUUAUUAUUGACAUACUCAGGAAGCGAUAAAUUCUAUCUUUGUGAUAGUGGAACCACGAUAGAAUUACAAGACGAUGGUUCAUGUUUAUCCACAAAUCUUAUUUUGGUCGGGGGAACUUACGGAGAUGAUGUGUAUGUAGGACCUGAUGUCGUUUGUUCUCUGCUGUUGUCAUCACUUGGGUCUACCCCAUAUUCUUCAACUUAUUCAGAACCUACUUAUUCUUCAUACUCUUCACAGGUAUAUUCGUCAUCGGAAUUUUCGUCAUCGGAAUUUUCGUCAUCAGAAUACUCAUCAUCAGAAUACUCAUCAUCAGAAUACUCAUCAUCAGAAUACUCGUCAUCAGAAUACUCUUCGGCAUACUCUUCUUCGGUAUAUUCUUCAGAGAACUUUUCCUCAGACCACUCUUCUUCGGCAUCCUCAUCUUCUUCAUAUUCAACAGUCUAUUCUUCCUCAUUAGACUCGUCCUCCUCACCUGAAGGAAGUGAUUCAUUCUAUUCUUCAAUCUUAACUUCAAGUUCCUUCAUAAGUUAUUCGGAAUCGACUUCAUCGGAAUCGGCUUCAUCUACUCUAUCAUCUUCAUCCAGUCCACUGAUUAGUUUAAGUUCAACACAUUCAGCUUCAGAAUCUUUUGGGAGCAUCUCACCUUCGGUUUCAUCCUCAGAAACAUCGUCUUCUGAAUAUAGUGAAUACCCUACUUCAUAUUCUUCAUCGUCUUAUAGUACUUUUAGUAUCACUUCUGAAUAUCAAUCAUCCAGUGUCUUGAUAUCAUCUUCUUAUGCCACCCUGUCGUCUUACUAUUACUAUGCCAAUUCCACAACUUCAUCUUCUUCCACGAGUUUAGAAUCAUCUACAGUAGGUUCUUCAACUUCAUUAAGUUCUACUUCAUUAUAUUCAACAUCGACUACCACUAAUAGUUUUGGUCAAUCAAGCACGAGCUCUGACUUUCUGGGUGAAACCGAAUCAACCAUUUCAGAACAAUAUUCCUUAUCAUCUUCAACCUCAUCAUCUUCAACCUCAUCAUCAUUAUCCCAACCUUCCGAAAAUAAUCCCUCUUCUUUGUACUCCUCAACUCUGAGUAGCAGCACUGGUAAUCCAUUAUCUUCAUUCAAUCCUACGUCACUGGCUCCUUCUACAUCAGAGCCAGAGUCAGAGUCAGAGUCACCAAGUCUCACCACCUUCACCUUCCAAAUCACUGCGGUUGCCAACCCUCCCAAUACUUUCAGAGAAUACUUAACCUUGAAUAAUCACAGCAUCAUAUUAGAAGAAAUAGACGGUCCAUUAUUUGAAUUAACACUUCCUGGGGGUUAUAUUACUAUUAACGGUUUAUUCAUACAUGCUGUUGAAUCUAGUGGGCUCUACUUGAGUGAGACCCCAUUUGAUGGUUGGCUGAUUGUAGGAGACCCAAUUUUGUCUUUGGAAGGCUAUGGAACUGAGUUCUAUAUUUGUCCACUGCAAUCCCCACCUUUGCAACUUAGUCUGAUUGCGUCUGACUGUGUGAUUGGUGAAUUGCAUGUAUUAGAAGCACCGGUUUCAACUUCGAUAACUCCUUCAACUCCUACAAGUAAUGGCCACACUUCUACUAGUCUUACAGGCACUAGUUCUGGUUCCAGUUUAUCCACUAUUACUACACAAAUAUUAUCUGGUUCUGGAUCUACCAUCACCACUACUUUUACUUCCGAUGAAAUAGUUACCAUUACUGAAUGUCCGGCUACCGUUACUAAUUGUCCUUUGAACUCAAUUAAAACAAUAACCAUUCCUCACACUAUAACAACUACUUAUUGUCCUGCAUCUAGUAUUAUUACUCAAUCUACAGUGACCUCUACCUACACUUCACUUGUUACUGAAGUUGUGGGAACUGUGACCACAGAAGUGGUCCGGACAUUCACUACUACAUUCUGUCCUGAGUCGGGUUUCGUACAACCAGUCGUUUACAUAUCAACUUCUUUAGCAACUCUGGUCAAUGGAAAAGGAACAGUUACGGAAACACAUGUUGUUACAGAGACGAUAGGCAAUUUAGUGCCAUCGUUUUACACGUCAUAUGAAGCAGUCGAAGUUACCCUCCAAAACGAAGGAAGUAAUUCUGUUACAACAGUAACUGUGCCUCACAUUAUUGCUACUACAUCUUUCGAAAGCUUAACAAAGUCGGCUGGUACUGGUCAUCUGUUUGUUGAAUCAUCUGAAGUUGAAGUCCAGGUAGGAUCUACAUCAACCACGUCUGGGAUUGUGGUAACGAGCAUCCCAAAUGCUGCAAAUAAUAUUUUGAGAUCGUUAAGCUAUGUCGUACUUUCAUUUAUUGUCGUUUUCGCAUAAAAAAAUUGAAUUCAACGCAUUUAUGUAUAUAGUCUGUAAGUAUGUCUGUAUGAGUACUAAAAGAAAGUUGUAUUGCAAACUUGGAAGUAUGAAAUAUUCAAAAUAAGAAAGUAAAUAACGAAAAGCUCUGACUUAAUUUCCG